GGCUGAUUUUGGUCGGCGACGAGUUCCAGCUGCAGCCGUUCGUACCUUCGGAACUGCCCUCGCACGUGAUUAUGAACUGCAAAUAUGUCUUGGCCGGUUGUCGUGACUGCAACAUUUGUAAUGCCGAACUCCCAUACGUAGAUACUCUCCAACACAUGUUGCGCAAGAGCUCGGGUUUUUCUUUUUUGUCAGGCAAAAACACUGUUAGUUUCUCGUCCACCACAGGAUUGUCCAAAAACCUGUUAUGCUUGGCUGAGUACUCUAGAAGUCACAACUUCGUCAUUCAUCACGACGUAUUUUUAGCGUGACAGCUUUAUUUUUCAAGGGGAUCCAGACAUAUUUGCAUUUGAUAGUGAUGUAUCAAAAACAAAAGAUCACAUCCGCGGACAGCCGCGUGCCUGCGAUUUCCCGCAUGCCCUGGGGCGUCCGAUAUCGUCCAGAAGUGGAUGCCAGCAUCAGGUACGAGCGUCACAGCGUCCCGCAUGGCACCAACGACGGAAACGUCGUUUUUGUGCAACUUCUAGGCAUAGAAAUCACGGCGCGUUGGAGCUCGGGGGUUGGGAGAAAAAUUGCCAAUGUAAGGAACAACUAUGAGGCUGCAUGUCAUAACGAACUCCAUUUUCACUAUGAGAUAGCUAGACCAUAAUUUCUUGAUGCAAUGCUCGGCUGUGCUGGACAAGAUGAGCUCUAUCCGCGUUUUGAUCGUCUGCCUUUGCGAACAAAAUCGGACAAGUUCAUCGUGACGGAGAUUUUCAUUUUUCUUCUUAACCCACAACGCGCUGUAUAAUUUUUGCAAAGCUGGAUAAGAUCACGCGACCGAGGGAAACUUCGAAGUAGAUAUGCGGGAAAGCUUAUUCGAGCAAUUGGUGUCGAAGUACCCUUCUGCGGCCGACACGCUACGGGUACAGCGUCGCAUGAACGAGUGGAUUGCGCACUUUUCCAAGCACCGCUAUUACCGGGGUGAGCUGGAGACGGACCUCAACCACAAGCAGAAACACUUCCACAGCACCCGCUACGAAGAGGACCAGGCGGAGGUAAACGCUUUGAAGCGCAGGUAUGGAAGUCUCAAACGUUACAUUGUUAGCUGUUGUGUGAUUUUUCUCACGGAGAAGACCUAUCAGACUUCACACGAUCAAGCCACUUGGCAUGACGAAUUCUACUUCAAGCGCUAAACAGCGAAAUAUUUAUGUACCGAAUCUGUAAGGGGGGACUCCCGAGCAGGAGCUUCCUCGUUUCGCUUGCGCUAUUGUUGCGUCGCAAAUUCAUGUAAAAAAAGCUGAGAGUGUAGCGCUUGAGAGUUGAUAGGAGCGUCUUUGACCGCGCAAUGAAGGCGGGGGAAAGUCCGUCCGCGGGGUUGAUUCGGCAAGGAAGUUCGUUGGGGGCGGUGUGGAGUGCGAAGCACGCGGACCUGAGCUCCGGCGCUCCAGGGGACAAAAGCGGGCUGGAAAUCCCCAUUAAGGUCGUGGACCUGGGGCUCACGCUGGGCCGGCGCGCGCUCGUAAAUUCAGUCCAGAUGCAGGAGAGGCAGUUCGAGCUGGGGGGUCUCGACGACGAGAACGGCACUUCGAGGCACGAACAGCGCAUUCGCACGCCCACAGAAUCGGAGGAGGUCUAUUUCCCCACGUUGACCGCGCAGUCCACGAUCUCGGCUGGGUUUGAUCUGCCGCCGUUCGUGAUGAAACAAGUCCGAGUGUUGAAACAAGCAUUGCUGCGCCGGGGAACCACGGCCGGCUCCGAGCAAUGCAACCAGUGCCCC